CCAUCCCUUCCUGUUCUGUACACACUGUCCAGCCAAGCAACCCACGAAGCAGUGCACCUUCUCUGCAGGAUGCUGGUGUUUGAUCCGUCAAAGAGGAUUUCAGCCAAAGAUGCCCUGGCUCAUCCUUAUCUAGACGAGGGUCGACUUCGCUACCACACGUGCAUGUGCAAAUGCUGCUAUACCACAUCCUCUGGUCGUGUGUACACCAGUGACUUUGAGCCCAUCACUAACACCAAGUUUGAUGAUGGCUUUGAGAAGAAUCUGAGCUCUGUAAGACAAGUCAAAGAAAUUAUCCAUCAAUUCAUUUUGGAACAGCAAAAAGGCAGUAGAGUACCACUCUGCAUUAAUCCUCAAUCUGCUGCUUUCAAAAGCUUCAUCAGCUCCACAGUGGCUCAGCCCUCUGAAAUGCCUCCAUCUCCGCUGGUGUGGGAAUAGCCACUGUUUUGUGUCAUUAUUUUUCCCGACUGACAAGCUGCUAAACUGGGAACAAGAAAGGGUCUCAGUGUCUUCUAUCAUCUGUGUAGCAUUUCACUGGAGAGCAUGACUCACAGGUCUGCUGGGCUUAUGCUGAAAAAUGGAAUGAAAGAAGAAAGAUCCACUGAUAAUUGCUUUAUGAUGUUGUGUUAGAUUGUUUAAAUGGAAAUAAAUGACAGAAAAGCUCUGUACAAUGCAUUGUGCAGAAUUUUUCUAAAGAAACUGAGAACACACACAUACACACACACACACAUAUAUAUAUAUAUGUGUGUGUGUUUGUGUUUGUGCACAAAUUAUAUAUAAAAUGUGUAUUUUACAAAUUCAAAAUUCUGCAAUCAUCAUCUUAUUAAUUUAGAAAACUAGGCUACUUUACACCCUUCAUUUCUGUCAUUUCUGGAUUAUUUCCAACCACACUUUUGAUUCUGACAAUCAAUUGUAAUGCUAUUAUUAUCGGCAACUGAAAAUUGCCCAUAUUUUAGAAUUUCUACAAAUUUGCUCUCUGUAGCAUUAUCGUUUUAUUUAUUUUUAAUCAUUUGUAUUAAAAAAAAAUGUUGCCUUGUGGGCCCACUGCGUAUUUGACAGUUUUCAUGUAUUCAUUCUUUUGACUGAAGGAGUGCUAAUUGAUUUUGGACAAAAGGGCUAAAGUUAGCGUUUUUGCCUAAUUAACAUUAAAAAGAUUAAAACCUAAGACCAACAUAUUCUAAAUAGCUCUAUUGAAAACACAGGGAACAGCCAAGCAUGGAUAGAUUUGGCUUUAAAUAGAGGUAACUAUAUGAUCCAUCUAUUUAUGUUGUGCAAGUUUUUUUGUUUUACUUAUGUGUUGUUCCAGCACAUCAAAAUUAUGAUAGCUUGUCACACAGCCAAUUUAGACCAAAUAUUUACUGAUUAAUUACUCAUCAUCUUCUCAUAGCAUCCUUCAAUGUGGAAUUAGUUCACUUUUUGUAAUUUACUUACAAAACAUACAGCAUGGGAUGUAUGGAAUUUGAAACUAUCUGUAGUUUUCACAGAAAAUCCAUUGAAAUAUUUAAAAUGUAAAAAUGUAAAAUGCUUACAGGAAAGUCAUUAUUACUGAUAAUGUUUAUGUAUCAGUUAUGUAUAAGUUUUCCAUUCGCAUAUUAAGGUUUUUUCAUUCACACACUGCCCAAGAGUUGUCAGCCAUAUUGGAUGUAUACAACAGCCAGUUGCUAGUGACUAGAUGACAGCGGUCUCUAGAGUUUCAUGGCUCCUCCUGGGUUAAAUAUGUUACCAAGAAAAUGCUGCACCUUCCCACUGAUUGUUUUGGUUGCUAGCAAAUUGCUGUGGUUGCCUGUAGUUUCUGAUAUUUGUCUGUAAAUACUUGCUUACUACUAGCUGAGCAGUAGUACAACUUGAAAGUGUGAUGUAAACUGGAGAUGGAUAAGGUUGGUAAAUGGACUGGUUCAAUCUUAUGUAAUGCUUUUCUACUCUAUUCAGACACUCAAAGCUCAGCAUGCACCACUCACCUAUUUACACUCAUUUAGACCCAUUCAGAAAAGCACUUUUUACCCCUCAGCCUUAAAAAAGGCAGAUGGUUUAUUGUCGUCACUGGCCCGGGCCGGUGGUGUGGACUUACAAGUUUGUGAAUGUGAUAACUCGAGAAUGAGUUGACAUAGGAGUUUAAAAUUGAUAGAUGCAGCUAUUUAAAAAAAUCCGUGAUGAGUUUGGUUCUCAGUUUUUUUUGAAAAUCUUGUAAAUGUGAUUACUUUAAAAUAAGGCUACAUAGGAUUUUGAAAUUGUUACCACAGGUUUAUCUACUAGGAGGCUGACAGGUAGCACUGGCAGUCACAAGUAUUUUUUUUCUAUACUUUGUCUAUGUGACAAUCUAACAGUCACACUUAUUCGUCCAGUGAAUACAUCAGUGGCAGCUUGGGAUUUAGCAUCUUGCCCAGGGAUACUUUGUUAUGCAGGCUGGAGCAGUAAGAAACAGAGUAAUUUUGAGUAAUUGAUAACCUACUCUACCUCCUGAGCUACAACUACUCCCUAAAGGUUCAGUUUCACAGUAAUAGUUGUGCUUCAAUGCUGUAGCCAUUGUUUUUCAAAAGGCAAAUAUUUACUUUGAAGACAAAAAAGCCUCCUUUCCAGUUUGUGUUGCACUUUUCUGGUUUCACUGCAGUGCAGACAGUAGGUGGAAAGUGUUUCUAGAAGUCUGUCACGUCCAUUCAAAAACUAUAUCACAUCAUAGUGACCAAAGCAAUCAUUAAGUUUUUGGGGAAUGCACAUUUUUCCCUUGGGCCUUCAGUGAUCAUUUUCCUAGGGACUGCUGUCAACCUCCAAUGUCUCACGAUCAGUCAAGGAACACCUUUUCUUUUAUCAUUGUACGUAAACUGGUCUCUUGCCCUGUGUAAAUAGGGCCUUAGCCCAAUGUAAGGCAAUGUAGGUGUUGAGCCUACAUUGUCACCUUGCACCAUGACUGUCACACUUCCAAAAUAGUAAAUAAGUUUAUGCCACAUGGUUAGUGGCCAUAUUUCAUAUUUUGCACAUCAUCUUACAGAUGAAUGAACACAAAUGUUUGUACAUGAGGCCUAAAGAAGGUAAUGACAAUAAGCCUGUCUGAAUUUGUGAACCUUCCCCACUUAUCAUGGAGAGAGUCAGACAUCCUAUCAUCCAUCAGCAACACGCCAUUUCUGAUUGGUAACAUGAACUUGAGUAAAGUGUUCAGUUCCGUUUAAUUUCUCUGCAAAAUUAAAUGGAAUCUGCAGUUAAAAUUAUAUAUGAAAAGAUCAUUUUGGUGGAGUUGGUGAAUGCUCACUUGCAUCCUUCAUGAAAACAAGCUUUUUAAUGAAUAAGAAAUAACUUUAAGAAGGAAUUAGCCUAAAACUGUGCUUUUAGACUAGACAAUAAAAUAAACUCCUCUGAUGCAUACACAAGCAACUGUAAUGAUACAAGAACAAACAAUUCUACAGUAAUAUUUCUACCCCCUUGUUUGACCAACCACAUUAUACUACUUAUAAUGAGUUUAGUAAUCACAUAUAAUUUAAGAAGUCCCAUCAGACUGACUGAAAAAGUGUUGUAUAAUGAAGGAAUGUGUUUUAUCUACAUAUGUGCCUCCUAAAGUUCCCCUCUUGAACAUUCUCAGUCAAGGUGAGCUAUUUUUUUUUCCAAAAGAGUCUGAAGAGAAUUAUUUCUUAUUAAAAAUACCCUAGAAGCUUGCACUGAGCUGAAAUAUAUCAGGUUUCCAUUGUCCUCUGUAACCUUUGCUGGACUUACUGUGUACUGUACACUUUCUGCACUGAAACAGAGCUGAUGCAAGUCCUGGUGUUUAUGGUUCUUUAUAGUCUGGGUCCUAUUUAAGUGGACUUGGCCAUUCGUUGUUUUCCAUGAGCACAUUAAAAGUAUAGCUUUUCUGUGGGGACAUUAGCAGCUCACAAGUCUCACAAGUGAGACUGUAAGCUAAUCUAACCAAAGCCACGUGAGCCACAUUUUUUAUCCUACCUUUUAGCAUCCUAACCCUCCAGCAACAAGAAAAAGGGCAGAGGGUAAAUACUGUUAUGUAAUUAACUUUAACAGUUAAUGGACACAUUGACACUUUUUUUAAAAGUUUUUGCAGGCAAGAAAUUGUCAUUGUCAUCAGUAGGCUGUUGUCUGAAGCAAGUCUGCAAUAAGACAACUAGACAAAGUCUGGUGACAAUACAAUGACAACAUGCAAAAUACAUUUCAGAGACUUCAUGUCAGAAAUGGCAUGGAUACAUAUAUAUAAAUUGGGUCAAUACAGUAAAAAGAAAAUGUGCAGAAAAAUAAUUAAAAUGUUUUUUUGUUUUUUUUGAGCCACUGACUUUUUGGGUGGCUGUUGGUUAGCCAAAGCAAAGCUAAAACUGUUUGUGUGUUAUCACAUGUAGAUUGUUGGAAUGGAACAGCAAUGGAAGAAUCAGACUUAGACUGGGAAAUACAUAUUUAAAGAACUAAAAUCAUAGGUAAAAAGUGAGCUAAAGUAGCUUUCUUCAGAUGAGAAGAAAGCUUGUAGACCUUUUUCAUUAGAAGGACCAAUCAGAACCUAUUUAAAUACAAAGUAACUGAACUGGUGUAAACAGGCAGUUAAACCAGCAGUAUAUAUUGUUUUAGCUUUGUUCUUUCUACUUGACUCUGUCAUCACAUACUAUAGACAUUCUUCAAGAAUUGUACUGAGCAGCUCUUCUCAAACAGGAGAAAAGUAGCACAUGAGCAUCUCAAAAAUGACAUGGUCUUUUCUACAUGUUUUUCCCUAAAUGGUAAUCCAGCGCAGAUAUGUGCCCCUGCUCUUUCUCAUGUGUGUACACUGUCUUCAGGAGAAAAAAAAGUUUUGACGUAAUUUAUUUAAUAUAUUUUUAGACUUGUUAUCAAUUUCUGUUCUUGUGUCAUAUGGUAUGCAUUCUUUUCACACCUCAGAAUAUAACUAUGUAUAUAUAUGUUAUAUAGAGAAGCAAAUCUACAACAACGUACAAAAAAAAACAAAAAAAAACCUACACACAAAAAAACACUGUAUACGAAUUGUAUUAGCCUAUACAUUUCUAAGGCUGUGAAGUCAAUUUUUUUUAGAAACUUGCAUACAAAUGUAUAUAUAUUUUCUUGAUUUUUACCCUGCAACUAGGAUGUGGACAGAAAAUCCUGUAACAAUUCAAAGAAAUGCAGUCAUCUUAACGAUAACUUGUGUGUACAGCAGAGUUGUAGAUAUGUCUAAGGAAAAAAGCAUUUUUGUUAUUAUUUUUAAUUAUUUUGUCACGGCAACACUGUGAAUAUGUAUAUUAAGAAUUCACCAUGUUGGUCUCUACCUCUUGAGCUCAAUAACUUGGCAUUGUUUACCUCCACACAUUUCUGAUUUCAUGUGGGGAUGAAAUAAAAAAACAAAAAAAAACAAAACUUGAAUGUCCAUUCAUGCUUUUGUACUGAAAUAAUAAAAUAUGCUGCCCCUACACAUACAUCUUCCGACAGACCUUUCUUGCACUCUGUUUGUAAUACAAAACCUACCAGUAGCCAAGGGUUACAUGACUGUUAGAUGUUCUGACCAUGAUGGUUGCAUUCAAAGCUCAGUGUCAGGGACUUGAUUUGAUACAAAGAGGUAUUAAACCUUGUGAUAACAAACAAAAGCUUCUCAUAAAGAAAAACUAUCAUUUGAGAAGCAUUUUCUCUUCUUUGCAAGUUGUAAUGCACUGUAUGUGGUUGUAGCAUUGGACAUUUGCAAGUUGUUGUCAUCAUCCAUAGAUCUGUAAUCAUUAGGGCUGACCCCUCCUAGUAUUAAAGCUGGGUUUCAGAAUUUGUCU